AUGAGUAUGGCACGUGAAGCCGGUGGCCUGUUGACCAGUGUUAAAGAUUUUUAUUUAUGGCUCGAAGCACUAUUCAAUAGUCCAACAUCAUCAUCAAAACAUUUAAUUAAACCUAUUCUUCUAAGACAAAUGAUGACGCCAUCUCUCAUAUCUAGGAAAAACCCGUAUGGCUGGGAUGGCUAUGGCUAUGGUCUAAUAAUUAAUGACAAUGGCAAUGUUAUAGAACAUACUGGUGAAGUGUAUGGUUUUGAAACGUGUUUUAAACGUUUAAUGAAAGAACAGAUUAAUAUUAUUCUAUUUUCAAAUAUAUUUGAAUGUCCAGUUGGCGAUUAUGCCGACUAUAUACAAAGUAUAUUAACCACAACUGAACAUGGUGAAUUUGGUGCGAAGAGACUGCGGCAACGAUUCAAUACAACGUCGAAAACAAAGAAAAGAUUUAAAAAUAAAUUUCUACGAUAA